UUAGAGGGAGAGGUAACCCGUCUAUGAGACGAGAUGUCUACCAACAGGUGGCGCUAUAUACGGCUCUAGCUAGAUAGCCAGCUGCACAAUUUGUAUGUCACCAAUUAUUCAAGAGUCCAAAAGAGAUGAGAACCACUGUUGGUAGAUGCAAAGAUGGAUGGUUUUGCCAGCUCCCAAACAGUCCACUGUAGCAGCAGCAGCAGCAGCAGCAGCAGCAGCAGCAGCAGCAGCAGCAAGCCUCACAUAUCAUGUCACACUCCCCUCAAACCAAACUUUGCAGCUGAGGAUAGAAUCGUUCCCUGGGAAACACUGAAUUUUCGAUACAAAGCUCCACCCAAACCUGCCAGAAAAUCUGGAGCACCCUCAAGAGCAAAGAAGAAGCAAGUCAAAUCAAAGAAAGAAACAAGCAAAAGUGGCUGCCAGGAGUCCAAAAAGAAGCAUUCAAAACACAAAAGAGAAUCAAGCAAAAGUGAUCAUCAGGAGUCAAAGCAAGAUGCACAUUCCACGAGUGCAGCGACUUCAUAUUUAGUAGCCGAGGGCCCUACAGAUGACCCUGUGACCUCUGAUGACCUAGGUCAUGCCGGUUGUCACGUAAGCGCAUUGCCACAGUGCUGUCUGCUCAGGAUCUUUUGUUGCCUGCCCAUCUUUGAUCUCUUGAGGGCGGGCUUGACUUGCAGAGCUUGGCAUCGGCUGUCACUGGAUAAGAGCAUUUGGAAGAGUGUAGCUCUUGAAAAUGCCAACAUUUCAAGUUGGAAGAGAGCAGCAAAGGCCCUUCAGAUCCAUGGCACUGUUGCCCUGGAUUUCUACAACAUGGCCAAUGAAGAAACAAUGGGGUGGGAGAGCAUGUACUGCAUUCUGAAGAGGUUGCCUGGGUUGCAGUACCUGCGCUUUGGCUAUACCCACACCAAUCUGCUGCUGAAGGUUAUCCACCAUUUGCCAGAGCUAAGGGUGCUGGAGGUUUGCUGGCUGACUGAUGAGUACUCGGAGCGAAUGGACGGAGUUGUCUUUGAUCUGGGCAAGUUGAGCAAACUUAUUCAUCUCAGGCAACUGAAAAUCCGAUCGAUCAACAGCCUGUUACAGCCUUCUCUGUCUUUUUCUGGUGGGCUGGCAAGCUUAGAAAAACUGAAGCAUCUAGGGAAGUUGUCACUGACGAGUCUACAUGAGUCCCGGAUCAUGCCAUCUGAGUAUCAGUUCUUGACUAAACUUCCAGAGCUUGUGGAGCUAGAACUUGGUGACUGUGGAAACUGGAGAUCAGAGACUUACGAAAUGUUGGGUAAACUGACCAAGCUGCGGAGUUUAAGACUUGAGAAUGGAGGUUGUUGGUGUGAUCAGGAUAGCACUCCUCAGUGUACGUGCAAUAUCUCCGAUGCCCUCAGAAAACUGACACAGUUAGAGAAGCUUGAGCUGAUCAUGUACAUCAUGCCCAGUGACAUCAACCCUGCCUUACAGUUUCUGACCAAGCUGCAGUCGCUAACCUUUUGGCCCAUGGUCUGCCUGCGAGGUCUAUGCCCGAGGUCCAUGGAACCAUGCGCUUUUGGAUUUAAAGCUCCAUUGAUUCAGACCAACUCAAACAAGUGCAAGGCCCUGGGCAACCUGAGACACCUGCGCCAUCUGACCUGGGGAGUGCCCAUCAUAACCUUUGACACUCCUCGGAUGGACUACCCUUACAACGUGACCACGGAGAAGGCAGUCAAGAGCCCGGUGGUCCUGGCACUCACCGAGAUGCUGGCCAAGCAGCUACCCGAGACUGCCGUCAACAUCUUGAUUGUUCCCGUGGUGAUGAACAAAGACCAUUACGAGCACUCUUUUGACUCGGCCGAUGAUGAUGACUCGAGUGGCUGGGGCUCAGACAGUGAAUACUGGGAUACUGAUGACUCAGACAGUGACAUGGAUCAUGGGUGUGCCAUGGACUUUGGUAUUCCUUUUAGCUUCUAGAAGUAAACACUCAUGGAUCGUCUAAAAUGCCUGCGCUGAGCCCCAAGAAAUGGCCCAGGAAUAGUGUGCAAUCAGCUCAAGGGUUGCUCAGACAUGUGAAAUGCUUAGAAUGGAUUGCAUUUAUUGUGGUGAGCAUAAUGUGAAUGCGGCAGUAAUUAUUGAUUCAAUGCGUGACUCAAUUGCUGAUUGGUGGAUAGACAUGUGACCUGGAUAGUGUCACCUGAUUGGUUCAUGACUGGAGUUUUGGUAUUGAUAAUAUCAGACUUUUUCAAUCUUACUUGCAAUGUGUGAACAGUUGAGUGUGUACAUGUUUGUAAGUCAUAGAGUUAUCCACCACUGAAAUACUGACUCUAUCAGACAAAAAAUAGUAGAUCCAGAUUAUCCACCCGAACAAGAUGAAGCAUAUCGUAGCUUGUUUCCUUCAUUUGCAGCACUUUGGCCAACAAUAAGAUACGAGGAUUAUGCCAUCUUGGAAUAAAACUUGUGUCAAUAUUUUUUUUUUUUGUUGACUGUCCUAUCAAGUAAUACGGGAUUAUAAAAACCAGGUGUAAAACCAUGUUUCCUGUAUGAGAAAUUAAUCAUACACUGCUUGGAAAGUGAUAACAGCAUGGAUCUAAGCAAUGGGAUGAAACAAAUGAUGUCAACUGAAUGACCUUUUGACGAGUGACAGAAUCAUGUUAAAGUACCGAACUCUUACAAAACACAUUGGCUCUUAAAUAUACCCUGAUGUUGUUGGGCAUGUCCUUUGGUUUUCAAUGGAGCUCGAGAGUGUGUCUUAAACAAAUGCACUGAGAAAAUGGUAAAGCAAACAAACUCUGGAGAAUAUAAAGAAUCGAUUGUGAAAUUAAUUUUGACUGUAUUUUGUUCAAAAUAACAUAAACAAACCAAUUUGUCAUCGAAUUUAUUAGAAGAAAUAUUCAUGAUGCACACAUACUUUGUCGAGUUUUGUUGAAUUGACUAUUUAAAAGUUAUUUUGGUAUGUAUUUUUUUCUUACUUUGUGUAUUUGUUCACAUAAAGACAUAAAUUAUUUAUUUGGAAAACUU